GGGGGGACCAACUCCAUAUUAAUGCCCAUGAUUUUGGAAUGAGAUGUUUGACGAGCAGGUAUCCACAUACUUUUGGUCAUGUAGUGUAGUUUUAAUUACAAGUUGAACUAGCUAGCUACACUACAAGUAAAUCAGCUCUCUUGACCAUAGUUUCUUGUCUGGAUACGGGUGGAACUAAAAAUAGGGACUUGAAGUACAUCGGACAUAAACAACAAGCACACAUUUAACGCGUAAAUUUUUUUUACAAAAUGAGUGAAAGAAGCACCGAUUUCUUUUGAGAUAUUUUGAAUGACAGUUGUUAUUUGAAAUGUCUGAGCUGGCAUUGGAUGAAAUGUCCGUUUUAUCAGCAAUAUACUGUGAAAAGGACGAAUUUGAGCUACUUGAGAAAUCAGGUAAAUUGUUGAGCUAGCUAGCUGUGAUUUGCCUAGUAACUCAACUCCACGAUGAUUUCAUCCACGGAGUUGGGCGCAGAUUAUACUUUUUUUAAAUGAAAUUCCGACUCCUUAGAAUCGCUAUGCCAGGGAUCAUCGACUAGAUUCAGACGUCGAGCCCAGAACAUCAUUACAAAUAAUUUGUAGGCUACAAAUUGACCGUAAGAAGCCGAAACAGAAAAGGGACUUGUAUUCCGCAUCCAGAUGGAGGUGGAAGCAGCCACCAGUGAGAGAACUCUUUUGAGUCUCCUCUUCCAGCUGCCAACAGAGUACCCCCACUGUGUCCCAAAAAUAAGUGUCAGCUCUAAACAGCUCUCCAGGAAACAAUGCCAACACAUCAAGCAGAGUCUGCUGGAAAAGGCCUCCACACUGGAGCCAGACCCCAUGGUUCAUGAACUACUGCUGUGGCUCCAACAGAACUUCACUGAACUUACUUUAAAUGACCAGUCCCUGGUGGAGGUGCAAGAGGAGGGUGGUGAGGAGGAGACGUGGAUAGCUCUUUUUCUAAUAGACCAUAUGAGGUCCAAAACAAAAUAUAUAAAGGCAAUUGAAAAGUGGAGCUCGGAUUUGGGGCUCACCGGAAGGCUGUUCUUGGGGAAGUUGAUACUGGUCCUUCUGCAAGGCGCAAGAAGGAGUAUCAAGGAAUACAUCCAUCUCCAGAGAACUGUGAAAGUAGAUGUGGAUUCAUCAGGAAAGAGAUGCAAAGAGAAGAUGAUGAGAGUUCUUUGCGAAACCCAAGUCUCAGACCUCAAACGGAUCUCAUCUUUUGAAAUCAAAGAGUUUUUGUCCCUCGAGGAGCUACAAAGGGAGUUUGAGCAAGUUGGACUAUUGAAACUGUACCAAGAGUUUGUGGCCACAUUGCCGUAGCCAUCAUGGCUUUUGUCAAGUCGUGCUUUUCCAGACUGGUGCAGAUUAUGUGAACUUUAUACUUUCCAUAUGAUAGUCAACGGAAGGACUAAUCUAAACAUCUGAUUAACAUUCAGUUAUGGGUUACAUUUGUGCAUUGAACAUGUAAAAGGUAUUCAAAAUGUUUUUCUACCAUCCACAUGAUGGCAGCAAAGUCUACCAUUUGAAUCAAAGAUUUGUAAAGUUGUUAGUUUAUUCAAAUCUUUUUUUUUAUUGUCACACACUGGAUAGGUGCUUUGAAAUGUGUUGUUAUACAGGGUCAGCCAUAGUUGCAUGGCACCCCUGGAGCAAAUUACUGUGAAGUGCUUUGCUCAACAGCACAUCGACAGGGUUUUCACCUUGCCAGCUCAGGUAUCCACUUUGGCUAUUCCCUAGUUGAAAAGUUGUGCCUUGCUUUCUACUCCUGACAGAUUUGUUCCUCCUUCUUGUACCUCUUCAUCAAAUACAUGAAGGUUAAGGUCAUAUAGAAAAACUUCUAUAAAGUGAUCCACAAAACUCUGAUGUUACAUGAAAGUUGCAUCAUAGGACUUAGCUUCGGAUUGCGUCUAGGAUGUUGUAUACAGAUGCGUAUCGUUCCGAUGCCUAGCGUCUGAAAUUAAUAACAGCCAUACAGUUUUAGCCUCGCGAGCCACCCUGAUUUUGCAAGCUUACAUACAGUGCAUUCGGAAAGUAUUCAGAUCCCUUGACUUUUUCCACAAUUUUGUUACGUUACAGACUUAUUCUAAAAUGGAUUAAAAAUAAAAAAAAUUCUACAUAGAAUACCCCAU